GACAAACACCAGAUCAAGAACGUGAUGAGCCAAAUUGUUAAUAUAUAUUUGGCUGAAAGGAACAAGCUUUGUGGUAUGGUAUGCUAGCAAUGGGGGAAUUCAAACACUUUGUAAUUGUUAAGUUCAAGGAAGGUGUGGCAGUUGAUGAGCUCACUAAAGGGAUGGAGAAGUUGGUCUCAGAGAUUGAUGCUGUCAAGUCCUUUGAAUGGGGAAGGGACAUCGAAAGCUUAGAUGUGCUGAGACAAGGUUUCACUCAUGCCUUUUUAAUGACAUUCAACAAGAAAGAAGACUUUGCUGUGUUUCAAAGCCAUCCAAAUCAUGUGGAGUUCUCCACAACAUUUUCAGCAGCAAUUGAGAACAUUGUGCUUCUGGAUUUCCCAUCUACUCUUGUCAAGGCCCCAGCAUGAUCCUCAACAUAAUAUUCCACCAAUAAAAAAACACCCUCUUCAAAUUUGUUUAGUGUAUGUUUUUGCUUGUGUUUCUCUCUAUCUGUAGUUCUGCCAUGAGUUGUUGUUACUGCAACAUCUUGUGCAAUUUGUAACUCGUAGUAUUAUGGAUUAUGAAUUAUAAUGAACUUUUUUGCCUUAUAA